AUUAAUUGUAAUGGUAGCUGAUUGUGUUUAAUGUCGUACAGGCUUUUAUGUGGCAAAUCAGAAUAAAUCAUGCAAUACACUAAAAAUAAAAUACUCAAACUAUCUUUGGAAUUAACAGCAUUUGAGAUUAAACAGGUUCAAUUUAAAAAAAUCAGGGGAGGGGGGGGGAAAGACUUUUGCCCACGGGUGUAUAUGUUUACGUAAAAAAAAUUUAUAUGAUUAAAUCAAAUUAUAUCCUCAAAUCAUUUUUAGACUUUUGAUGACUUAAAAGAAAAUGCUCUGAGUACUGUUCGACAUGCUGAAUUUGGUAUUCCAAGUUGUAAUUUUGCUGCAAAUGAAUCAGCUCAUAUUGGCAAACGGCUCAUACCAUUUCUUAGCACUUAUAUGUCUCAUUUACAAACAUUACGUCUUUGGAGACCUGAUGAUUUUCCUUGGACAUCAAGUAAGAUUUUUUUUAAUUUUAAUUCUAAGUAA